UGGGUGGGGGACUGGGAGAAGAGAGAUUGGGUCACGCUGGGCGUCUGCUGGGACUCCUGGGCGCGGCGGUUGAGAGCCUCGCAAAGCAGGCCCGGCGAGCUCAAGUUCUCCGCUCUGACUCCUCCCCGCAUCCCCACCUCCGGGGGAGUAGACAGCCUAGUGUCCCUGCCUAAGACUCAAAGGAGGGGAGGAUCCUAGGACAGCCCGCCAACCCCUCUCCUUCCUCCACAACUUAAUGAGAGUCGGCUAUCCUCCAGCAGCGACCCGAGGGCUUUCCUUCCCGGGCCCUGGAGCUCCCCUGGCUAGAGCCAAAGAAUGGCUACCCUGCCUCUAGAGGAGAAGCUGCUCUGUGCAAUCUGCCUGGAGCUGUACCGGGAGGCGGUCACUCUGCCCUGCGGCCAUAACUUCUGCCGGGCGUGCAUAAUAAACUACUGGAACCUGCAGGAGGUGGACUGUCCCCAGUGCCGCACCCCGUUCGCGCAGCGCCCCGAGCUGCACAAGAACGGGGCUCUGUGCGACGUGGUGGAGACCCUCCGGGCGGCCGAGUGGCAGGGGGCGGCGCCGGAGCCCGGGCCCGGCCCGACAUCCGCGGCCCGGUGCCCCCGGCACGGGUGGACCCUGGAGCUCUACUGCCGGACCGAGAAGCAGUGCAUCUGCUGCGCUUGCACCGUGGACCAGUGCCAGGGCCACCAACGCAUCCUGCCCGACGUGGAGCGCAAGGAGCGGGAGAAACAGCUGGAAGAACAGCUGGAAGAAAACAGGAGGCAGUCAAUCCAGACUAAAGAAAAACUUCAAGAGCUGCAACAGAAGAGUAAGAAGAUCCAGGACUCAGCCCAAAUUCUGACCCUGGCUGUCUCCAACAAAGUCACUGCUCUGCUGCGGGUCCUUGAAACACAACGGGAUAUGGCCCUGCAGAACAUUGAGCAGGAAAAGGCAGCUUUGCUGGCACAGGCCGGGGCGAUCAGACAGGGGCUUCGGGACCACCUGGAACGCCUGGCGCAGCACAUCCAGCAGAUCCAAGAACUUCAGUCCUGUCCCGAUGACCUGAGCUUCCUGCAGAGGUCCCUACUUCUGAUACCCCCUGAGCCUUGGGCCCCAAUGCCUUCAUUGAAAUGGGAUGAAGAUUCUGCUCCGUUGAAUAAGCUGAAGAGGACACUGGACCAAAUUUGUCAACUCCUGCUGAAGGAUGAGAUUGGCACUGUGAGUCUUGGAGAUGCUGAGCCCAGCCUCAAGGAGCACCAAGAGCAUGAGACCAAUUCCCUGGAACCAAUCCCACGACCGGUGUGCAAUCUGAGGAAGAAGCUGACACAGAAUUAUCGCAACCUCACCUUUGACCCCCUCACUGCUAAUCACUACUUCCACCUUUCCCGCCAAAACCAACGGGUAAAACAUGGCUUCAGGUCCCAGCACACCGCCCAGCCUGGGAGGUUUCAGCUCUGGCAAGUGCUGUGUGCCCAGGGCUUUGAGGCAGGAAAGCAUUACUGGGAAGUGGAAGUGUCUGACCAUUCAGUGACCCUGGGCGUCACCUACCUUGGGCUCGCCCGGCAAAAGCAGCUCAGACAGACGGACAACAUUGGGAGAAAUCCUUAUUCCUGGGGGCUUCGGGUGCAGGAGAAGGGCUACGAAGCCUGGCACAAUGGGGAGGCCCAACAGCUUCCAGGCAAACCUGGAAACCUCUUUGGAAUGGAGUUGGAUCUGCCCAUUGGACGUCUCUCUUUCUAUAGCUUGGAGCCUCAGGUCCAGCUCCUGCAUGUCUUCAACGCCUUCUUCAUGGAGCCCCUCUAUCCUGUCUUCUGGCUCUGUGAAGAUAGAACCAUCACCCUCUGUCAUCUGCCUGGUGCCAAACCUUAUUCUGGGCCUCAGGGAGAGGCACUUAGUCCCAGCUGACCAGUAUCUAAAGAGGGUGGGGGAGCCCAGAUAAACGAUUCUGUUAAAAAAUGCUGCAGGGAGCUGAAGGUCCAAAUGCCAGGGCCCCACUUUCCCCACUUUAUUUUUUCCAAUUACCUGUAAAGAUAGUUUUGAACAUUUAUUUUUAUAAGAUUUUGAGUUACAAAUUUUUUUCCCUCCCUAAGACAGAAAACAAUCGUAUAGGUUUUACAUCCACAAUUAUGUUAAAUAUAUUUACCCUUUAGUCAUGUUGUAAAAGAAAAAACAAAAGGGAAAAGCCUUAGAACCCCCUCACUCACAAAAAACUAAAUAGUUAUAGUAGUAUCCUUUGAUCUGCAUUCAGAUUCUUUCUCUGAAUGUGGACAGCACUUCCAUUAUAAGUCUCUUGGAAUUGUUUUGGAUGACCGAAUUGCUGAGAAGAGUCAAGUCUGUCAAAGUUGAUCAUUGCACCAUGUUACUGUUAUCGUAUACAAUGUUGUUCUAGUUCUGCUCACUUCAUUCAGCAUCAGUUCAUAUAAGUCUCUCCAGGCCCCUCAAAAAUCAUCCUCCUGAU